UACGAAAGCAAAAUAUAUAGAUGUUAGAUAAUCGGUCACCGGCAACCUGAGCUUCAUCAAAUCAUCUGCCGUGCCACACCUGUUCUUCAGCUACUCCCCAACUCCCCUCCUUCCUCCGACCACACAAUCUCAACCUCGUUCUCUUCCUCACUCAUCUUCAUCUCCAUCAUCAACCAUAGCAAAAGCAUAAUCACAAGAGCAUAUGUUGUGAUUACAUGCUAAGACACUCCAUAGUUGACAAAUAGCUGUGGAGGCUUCUGGUAAAUUAAAUAUGGCGCACGAAUUUGAUGAUGAAGACGGGCCAGUAAUUUUUAAAAGGAGUUCAGUGUCGAAGAGUACUCAAUUGCAUUCAGAAACAAGGAAGUCAACUUCUCAUAGUCAUGACGGACGGUCAUUUAAAAAGACGCCUGACGUGCCUUCUGCAAAUGGCCAAAGUUCUAGCUCACAGAACGGUAAGGUUGUCUCAACGGCUAAGGCAUCUGCCGUGGAAUCUUCUGUGGGUAUAUCAAAAGCAUCAACAUCAACAAAUCUCAAAACAUAUGUGAGGUCCCCUUCAGGAAGUUCAAAAUUUGCAUCAUUAGGAAAUAAAAAAGAGUCUCUUAUAGAGAAGAAAAUUCCCGUUCAUGUUCAUGCUAAGGAGGAAAAUAAUUCUAGCAAACAUGGUAAGGAAGAAAGUUGUGAAGAAUCCGAAGACGAGAUGGAUAAUAUACCAUUGAGUGCUAGGUUGAAGAUGAACAGUGACCGUGCUAAGAAAACAACUCCUGUUGUUGUCAAGAAAUCUCAUGAAGAUUCUAAGAAAACAACUCCUGUUGUUGUCAAGAAAUCUCAAGAAGACUCUGAUGAUGAUAUUCCUUUGUCAGCAAGGCGGCUACAGAAUAAUAAUAAUUUGGGAAAAUCUAGUAAUAACAAUGGUGGCUCUGAUCAGAAGAAACCACUUUCAAAUGUUCAGAAAGGACAGCAACAUGGCUCCAAUGUUGGUAUUAGGCCGUCUACACUGCCUGUUAAGAGACCACUAGAUAAGACUGAUUCCUUGCAUUCUUCUGUUAAGAAAUCAAAACUCUCAGAUCCAGCUCCAUCGAUUAAUGUUAAACAGACAUCGGUGAAAUCUGAACUGAAGGUUGCGGAGGAGGACGAUGAUGAUGAUGAUGUUCCUCUUUCCCAAAGAAUGAAUAAGAAUGCCACAUCAGUGAAUAAAUCAUCUUCUGUGAAGAAGCUGACAAACGUCACUAAAGUCAACAAGGCUUCUGCUCCAUCUUUUAAGAAAAAGGCAAAUUUCAAAAAACCAGGCAAUAAAUCAGAACAGUUCAAAUCUACUAAACUUCCUCCAAGCUCCGGUGAUGGGCAGAAAAAAUGGACUACUUUGGUUCACAAUGGUAUCAUCUUCCCACCUCCGUACAAGCCCCAUGGGGUAAAGAUGCUCUAUAAGGGGAAGCCGGUGACUUUGACCCCUGAACAAGAGGAGGUUGCCACAUUAUAUGCGGUCAUGCGGGAUACAGAAUACAUGCAAAAAGCAAAAUUCAAGGAAAACUUUUGGACUGACUGGAAGGUGAUAUUGGGAAAAAAUCAUGUGAUUCAGAAUUUGGAAGAUUGUGACUUUACACCGAUUUAUGAUUGGUGCCAAAUUGAAAAGGAAAAGAAGAAACAAAUGAGCGCAGCAGAAAAGAAGGCCCUGAAGGAGGAGAAAAUGAAACAAGAGGAGAAAUACAUGUGGGCUAUUGUUGAUGGUGUUAAAGAGAAGGUUGGCAAUUUUAGAGCUGAACCACCAGGACUGUUCCGUGGACGUGGAGAGCAUCCCAAGAUGGGAAAAUUGAAAAGACGCAUUGGUCCAAGUGAUGUUGUAAUUAAUAUUGGAAGGGAUGCACCAAUUCCUGAAUGUCCUAUUCCUGGUGAAAGCUGGAAGGAGAUAAGACAUGAUAAUACAGUUACUUGGUUGGCGUAUUGGAAUGACCCAAUCAAUUCAAAGUUAUUCAAAUACAUAUUUCUGGGAGCUAGUAGUUCUUGGAAGGGGCAAAGCGACAAGGAAAAGUAUGAGAAAGCAAGGGCGUUGAAGAAUUAUAUAGAGAGAAUUAGGGCGGCAUAUACGAAAGAUUUCACGAGCAAAGAUAUUAAAAAGCAGCAAAUUGCUGUUGCUACUUAUUUUAUCGACAAACUAGCUUUGAGGGCUGGCAAUGAGAAGGAUGACGACGAAGCUGCUGACACAGUUGGUUGUUGCACAUUAAAAGUAGAAAAUGUGACUGCAGAAGGUGACAACAAGUUGAAGUUUGACUUCCUUGGUAAAGAUUCUAUCAGGUAUGAAAAUACAGUUGAGGUGGAGCUUCCUGUUUACAAUGCCAUUUUGAAGUUCCAAAAAGGUAAAAAACCUAGCGAGCAACUUUUUGACGAGCUGGAUACAAAUACAUUAAAUACUCAUCUGAAGGAACUCAUGCCCAACCUGACAGCAAAAGUCUUCCGUACAUUCAAUGCAUCAUUCACUUUGGAUGAUAUGUUGAAUAAGGAUACUAAAGAUGGAGAUGUUGCAGAAAAACUUCUUGUCUAUAAUCAGGCAAACAAGCAGGUUGCAAUCAUUUGUAAUCAUCAACGUGCUGUUUCGAAAUCUCACGGCACACAAAUUUCAAAGUUGAAUGAAAAGAUUGAUGAACUUAAGGCUCUUUUGAAGGAGCUGAAAACAGAUUACGACAGGGCAAAAAAAGGAAUGGCGCCUCUAAAGACCAAACGGAACUUGGCUCCUGAAGCGAUAAAGAAAAAGAUGGAUCAAACCAGCGCAAAAAUUAAGAAAAUGGAACGUGAUAUGAUGACUAAAGAAGAUUUAAAAACUGUGGCACUUGGCACGUCCAAGAUAAACUACCUAGAUCCCAGGAUAUCAGUUGCCUGGUGCAAGCGGCACGAGGUUCCUAUUGAAAAGAUUUUCAGUAAAACUCUGCUGGAAAAGUUUGCUUGGGCAAUGGAUGUAGAUCCUGACUUCAGAUUCUGAGACCUAUAAGAUGAAGACAUACAAAUACAAUUAUGCAGGGGAAAAACAUUUUUUUUUUUUUGCCCAUUCCUUUUACAUGAAAUCAAAAUAAUUUUUUUAUUUAAGUUCAGCGGAAAUUUAAGUUGCAAAUUGUUCAUUUAACUAAUCUGGGGUGAGUUAUCCCUGUCCCCUUUCUUCAUGGACUGUCAAACAUUCAUAUUUAUUAUUUAAUGUGAUAACCAUGGUUAAAUGUGGAUAAUGAGGCAAAGUUUGGUAGUUUCAUUCUU